AUGUGUGGGAGUAGUGGGCGUUCACGGGCGUCGCCGCGAGGUUCGAAGUGCAUUGUAGUUCCGGAGGCCACCGCAAAGACACCUGCGCGCUGGAGAGCUGCUCCUGAGGGCGCGCCGUGCCUUCGGGGCGGCGUGCGCGUGCAUCCAACAGGGGAAACAGCGCGGGCAGCAGUGGGGAGGCGCUCCGCUCGGACCCUGGGCGAAGGCCAAGCGCACGUGCGUGCUUACGUGCGUGCUUGCGUGCGUGCGUGCGCGCGUGCGUCGGUCUCGCGCCGCGCCGCCAGCCGGCACGGCGCCCCGCGAGUAGGCCUCGAUUUAACGCGGUGCGGCGUGCGCAGGCGGCCGUUCGACGACCACCGCCACACCAAGCGCCUCUUCACGCCCGAGAUCAAGCGCUUCCUCAAGGGCUGGCUGGUGCGGCGCCGCGACAACCCCUACCCGAACCGCGACGAGAAGAAGGGGCUGGCCGUGCAGACCGGCCUCACGUACAUACAGAUCUGCAACUGGUUCGCCAACUGGCGUCGCAAGCUGAAGAACGCCGGCAGCGAGGCUCGGCAGAGGACGUGGGGCAACCUCAUCAAGAGCUACAACACGCAGGCCCACGGCAACGUGGAGCAGUUCAGCAUUUGCUCGGACGACAGCAUUUGGGAAGAGGAAGAAGAUGAAGCACCUGACGCGGAUCAAAGUACAUCAAAAAGAGAAGAUAUGAGCAGUUGUCCAUCAACUGCAACAUUUACAGCAGAUGCAGCAACUAUGGACCAUAGUUACUCAGUACUCUAUCGAAAGGAUAAUCUGGUUCCAGCAGGCUCAACAACAAUCUCUGAUUUGCCUCAGUGCUCACAAAUCAGUUCUACUACAGAAGAACUAGUGGUAGAAACACCAUUUAUCAAGACUCCUUCAGCAUCCAGCAGCAAAUAUAAAAGCCACAUGAUGGAAAAAUAUUUGAGAGACAUUGGCACUGAUGAAGGUACAAGCACAGGCAGUGAUACUCAAGAAGAUGAAACCAGUAGGAAGGUGAAGAAGGCCAAAAAAGAAGACUGCCCACCUUUACUAUUGUCAAAGUGGUUAGAAAGUGCUGCGAAAUAUCAACCUGGACAAAGUUACAUUGCUUGGUCUGCAAAAAAUGUAACAUGGAAGUCCCCCUCAUCUACACAUGACAACAAACGAUCUCAUCACUGGAAUAUAUCAGUAGGUGUUGAAACACAAAGCACAGAAAAUUCCGAAAUGUGGCCCUCCAGUGGACAUCUUCGAGAGGAAUUGGAUGCUGCUGUUGCGCUCACACGCUUAUCAGGUCUGCAGCACUAAGUGGUCUGGGUCCCUCCUCCCUCAUCAAACCACUGCCAAAUGCACAAAGACAAUGAUAAUAUUCAUGUUUGGUUACCAUAUGUAUAAUUGAAAAAUAUCUUAAAUUAUGUGGAAGAGAAGCUAGCAUCAAGAUGUUUUCUGAAAGUUCGAUGUGAUAUGGGUAAGUUGGGAGAGUGUGGGUUGACUGCAAGAGUAGAGAGAUUUGGAAUCCUCUCAUUUUCCUAUGUUUUAUAUUGUUGACAUUACGAGUUUAUCUAUUGUACAAUUCUUUAAUUGCAUUAAGAUGUACAUAUAUGUACAAUACCUUCAAAAAUAUUUCUUUCGUUCAAUAAUGUUUUGUGGAUUGUAUUCACAAACUGAUGAGUAUUUCUAGUCAGUUAAGCAGAAGCUGUAAAAUAGGCAGUUUCAGAAUAUAACAGAAAUCAAGCUCUAACAGUCUGUUUGGAAUGUUUUAGAUAGUAACUAAUCACUAAUGAAAUAUUGAAAGACUGCAUUAACCACACAUGAAAACCUGUAAAUUUUUGGAGGAAAUGAAAUAAUGGUUUUUCCUCGUCUAGUACAAUUUCCUUCUGAAAGAUAAAUGCAGAAAUAAUGUUUGAUAAAAUGUUAAGAGAGAUAGUACUUUUAAGUUCUCAUUUGUUUAAAUGAUGUACAUAAUUUUUAUUGUUGCACAAUAAAACACAACAAAAUUAUGUAAUUUCC